CUCUGCAUUUGAGCGACUCAAAACGAAUUUCGAAGUCGACGUCGACGGUUGUGUUUUGUCGCUUUUUCUUGCUUCCAAAAAAUACUAAUCUAAACAAAAUAAAGCUUUUAACUAGCACCACAAAAAAAUAGAAAAUAACUAAGUAAAUAAACGAGCUGAAAUAAUAACAACAAUCCUGAGAAAAGUAAUUUGAAAAAGCGGAAAAAGCGUAGCAUACUUUUCAGCCCCAGUGGAAAAAACGCCCACGAGGCAGACGAAAAUGAAUUAAUCAAGUAAAAUUCAAGUAACAAACAUUCCGCAACAAGAAAAGACAUUUAAGUAAAUUAAGUCGAAAAUCGCACUCAGACGCACCGAAAAUUCCUAAAAAUAAAGUGAAAAGUGAUCAGUUAUUAAUUAACGAAAUUGAUUUCGAAAACAUACGAAAAAAGCAGGCCAAAAACGAACAUUUUUUCGGUGGGCCGCGAAAGGCGUUGCCAAAUCAAAGGCCACAGGAUAAAACAACAGAUCCGCAACUAAAUUUCAAACUAAAUCCUAAACGCAGGCACUAGAGCAAGAGGAAAAUCCUUAACUACAAAAGAUAAAAUCAACUAAGCUAUACAAAAGUUAAUCAUACGCACCGUUAAUAAGCACCAAGUGAAAAACUGACAAGAGGAAAACGCAACGCAAAAAUAAAGGACAAACAAAGGAGUAAAACUCUCCAGAGGAGCAGCAGAAAACAGCAGUAUCAGCAAAGAACAUUCUGCUGCAUAAAUAAUACACUCGACAUACGUAUACGCCAUAUAGGCCAGGACAUACCAGCAGGAUAUACCACACACACACGCACGCACUCACACAUACGGACGGGCAGGACGUGCUCCUGUUCUAUUAUUUAACUGCUUUCAACGUCAGCACCGCGUUCAACCCGACGAAAGUCGAUUGAAAGCCGCCUUCAACGGCCACAGCAUCCCUCUCUCUCAGCAAACACAAAAAACAAAAAGGAUAACGAGAGAGCGAGUCCUGUGCCUGCGCCAGUGUGUGUGUGUGCGUGUGUUCGCGACAUCAGGAGCGACGUCAACGUCAAUCCGCUCAAUAUUUAUACAUUGAACCGAGUCUCCAGGCCCACGAGUCUUGCGGCCCUCACAACGCAGACGCUCCUGGUCCUCCGCUGGGGCCCAAAAUAAAUAACAUCUGACAGCUGCCCAGAGUCCUGAAUUCGGAGUCCUGAAAGAGCACUCAGCGGUUAGGGGCUAAAAAAGAAGCAGAGCCAAAGCGUGUGGCGAUACAAUUUCCCUGGGAAAACACCAACCAAACUGAACGCGAUCCUAAAACGAAAACAAAACAAUGGGCGCCAAGGAAAGUGUCGAGGCAGCCGCCAAAAUGAACGCCGAUGGUUGGGGCCAUGUGGAGCGAUCGAGUCGCUACCACAACCAUCGGCACAACCAGCGGUCACAGUCGCUGAAUCGCGGACAGGCGCUCUCGCAGGCGGACGUGAGCGGCAUGUGGUGACAUCGGGGUGCCUCUGGUAAAG